UACCCUCAGCCACCACUCACCAGCCACUACUGACCCGUCUGGGAGACACUUCAAGAGGCGGAAACACCCCAAAGAGGCAAGCUAGCCAUUGGGCGGCGGCGGCGGCUGUGGCUGUUACCAAAUUAACUACUAGUACGUGCAAAAUUACUUCAAGUGGAGUUGGUUGACAUGCUACUUCCACAAGUACUACAUGGUUGCUUAAGUGAGCUAUGUAUUGCUGGUAAAUGAUGGAGCUUCAGUGCAGAGGACAAAACUGCUGUGGCUGUUGGAAUUUAUCUUGGUUUAUGCAAAACUGUUGCUAGUUGGUGUUGGAAUUUGGAGGGCGUCAUGGAUUUCUAGUGAUCUGUAAAAGUUCGUCGUAAAUUACUUGCAAGGCAGCGACACAAUUAGCUCCAGGUGCUUCGGAUCUCGUGGUGAGUGACAUCACAAAUAAGUGUCGUUGUGGACUCAAAGUCUUUGUCUAUCUCCAAUUUCCUGGAGAUAACACAUCAUCUUGUGGCCAUCACUGACCUUGAAUUGUCCUCUGGAAGAGAGUUAAAGUAGAAUAGUAUGGCUUUUGCAAGCUAGAGUGAGCAAAAGACCUACGAUUGAUGCCUCUAGGCAGUGUUGGUCCCCAUAAUCAUUUGCAUUGGAGUGUUAUGCAGGCUAAACAGCACAUAUUGUUGGCCUCACCUUCACAGAACACUUGACUUCAUUAUAGAUCAUGGGAUAAUUAAGAGAAACAAAUGUGUAAGCAUGGGUCUGCUUCAUUCAUCCUUGUAAUUAUUGUUGUUGGUGCAACAGGAAAAGACAUGUCAGCAAAUUAUUUUAGAGCAUUACAAAGUGUUGGUAUCCCCAAGGAGGUGGUUGGAGUGGGGGGCUGCCGAAAAUUUUCUGCUGGGGGUGGCAAAGCAAGGAAGGGCUCUAAAGGUGGUGGGGCUGGCGAUGCUCCAAAGGAAUCAAUGCUCAGUAAAGAAGUCAAAUCCACUACAGUUGUUGGUGCCACUAUUCUCAAGAAUGGAACAGACCCAAAACUCUUGCCAGAUGCAGAAUACCCUGAUUGGCUGUCAUACCUGGUUGACAAACGCCCAGUACUCAGCGAGCUAAGAAGGAAAGACAUAGAAAUUCUUCCUUGCGAGGACCUAAAACGUUUUGUCAAACUGGACAAUCGAGCAAGGAUCAAGGAAAAUAACUCCAUCACAGCCAAGAAUUGAGUUGCUGUUUACAAAGGUCCACAUAUUUUUUAUGAAUCUAAGUUGUUGCUCUCAGCAGAGGUGGCCCUGUGGCUAGUUUGUUUUGUUUGGAGAGAUCCAUUAGGAUGUUAGAAUCGGAUCUGUUUAGAAGAUUGCUGUAGGCUUUUUGCCGACUAUGCAUCUAUACUCUUGCUGUCGAAACUUUGACAUGGUCUUUAUUGAUGUUUUACAGAGAUCAAUGCCAGAGUAAAUAAUUCUCGGAGUUA